UGGAAAUAUAAUGCUGCCAGAAACAGACUCAGAAGAAGAUGAUUUUGUAAAUAGCUAUGAUGCAGAUGCUCCACUGAUACGAGGAGGAGGCAGAGAUGAUUGUGAUUGUAUUAACACCCGCACGAUAUUCGGUUUAAUGGGCUUCUUGGGAUUUGCUGUUGUGUAUGCCAUGCGUGUGAAUUUAUCGGUGGCAAUUGUGGCCAUGGUCAAUCAAACAGCCAUACCGCAGGAAAACAAUAGUUCCAUUGUUGAGGACACCACCUGUCCCAUGGAGAUAAAACAAAAUAAAACCUCGCCUUCGAUAAGUGGUGAUUUCGUUUGGGACGAAGCCACCCAGGGAUUGGUGUUGGGUUCAUUCUUCUAUGGCUAUGUUUUAACACAAAUACCUGGUGGACGUAUGGCGGAGCUGAUUGGUGGCAAACUUAUUUAUGGAUAUGGUGUUCUGAUAACAGCCCUCUUUACUCUGCUUACUCCAAUUGCUGCCUAUUGGGAUUUGCCCAUGUUAAUUUUGGUGCGUAUUUUGGAGGGAAUGGGCGAAGGUGUUACCUACCCUGCAAUGCAUGUUAUGUUGGCCCAUUGGAUACCACCAAAUGAACGUAAUAAAUUCGCUGCAGUGGUCUAUGCAGGUUCCAAUAUUGGCACUGUGAUAUCGAUGCCAUUGACCGGAUGGCUUUGCUCUCUGAAAUUUGGUGGCGGCUGGCCAUUGGCUUUUUAUGUGUUUGGUAUACUGGGCAUAGUGUGGUUUGCGUUUUGGAUGUAUUUGGUCUACGACAAGCCAUCAAUGCAUCCGAGAAUUUCAACCAAAGAAAGAGAAUAUAUAGAAAGGUGUACAGGGUUAAUGGAAAAGGCGCCACAACAAAGGAGUCUGCGAGCCACAGAGAGCUGUAAUGAUGAUGACGAUGAUAAUUACCAAAUAUAUAUGUCUUCCAAUACAAGAACAACAACAACACCUAGCAUACCAUGGCGUUCCAUUAUGACUUCAGUACCGCUGUGGGCUAUUUUAAUUACCCAGUGUGGUCAAAGUUGGGCUUUUUACACCCAACUUACCGAAUUGCCUACAUAUAUGAAUAAUAUUUUACAUUUCGAAAUACAAUCGAAUGCUGUAUUAAAUAGUGUACCCUAUCUCACUUCAUGGUUGGUGGGUAUUGGCUGUUCAGCUGUGGCCGAUUGGAUGUUGGAACGUCGUUAUAUUAGCACUUUGAAUUCGUAUAAAUUUUGGAAUUCCAUUGCCUCCAUAAUACCCUCUUUGGGUAUGAUUGGUGUUGGCUAUGUUGGUUGUAGUUGGCAAUGGGUAACAUUUAUGUUGGCUGGUGUGGGCUCCUUUGCGGGGGCCAUUUAUCCCGGCAAUCAAAUGAAUCACAUUUCCCUAAGUCCAUCAUAUGCCGGAACAAUGUACGGCAUAACUAAUUCAGCUGCAAAUAUUUGUGGAUUCCUCGCACCUUAUGUGAUUGGUCUGAUUAUCAAUCACAAUGAGACCAUGUUGCAGUGGCGUAAGGUAUUCUGGUUGGCUGGGGGUUUAAAUAUUGCCGGCAACUUGAUAUAUCUGAUAUUUGCUAGUGCGGAUGAGCAAAGUUGGUCGCGACCAGAAAAUCAGCAAAUCGAAAACAAUCGUGAAGGAUCCCAAAGACGACGAAAUCGAAAAGAAUUAAAUAACGACAAUGAAAUUACAACUUAA